CAAGAGUACAACACAACAAUCAAUCAGUUUCAUUUUUUAGAAAGCGUGAAAAAGCAGCAUUGUAUUACUUUCCCAACAGUUUAAUCGAUCGGCAUUCAUCAUCGAUGAACAAUCAAAUUUUCAAAGCUUUGAAAAGACUCCAUAAAUGUGGCUCCUCAUCUGUGGAACAUGAGAAUUUAAGAAUCAGGUCAUCUUUGAUAUCAACCAUUAGGAAUAAAAUAAACGUAGCAAUGCUCGACGAAGUUAAAUAUCCUGAUGAUGUGACUGUUCAUUCAGAACUAUCACAUAAUCUUACCUGGCUGCAUAAAGUUGCGCCUGGUUUCAAAGUCGAUGGAUCAAAGAUAACUGUGAUACAUGAACCAAACGAAUUUUAUUCAACUUUAAUAACUGAAUGUGAAAAAGCAAAAUCAAGAAUCACACUCGCUUCUUUGUACCUCGGCACUGGGCCUCUGGAGAAUGCUUUGGUGGAUACAGUAAAAAAAGCAAUUGACCAAAGCAAUGGAAAAUUAAGAGUAACAAUUCUAUUGGAUUACACGAGAGGAACAAGAGGAAAAUGUAACUCCAAAACUACUCUUCAGCCGUUACUUCAAGGAAAGUGGUCGUAUAGUAGCAAUAUUUUUUUGUAUCACACACCAAAGCUACGUGGUAUACUGAAACGCAUAUUACCACAUCGUUUCAACGAGCUUAUUGGUUUGCAGCACAUGAAACUUUACCUUUUUGAUGACACGUUGAUCAUCAGUGGAGCAAAUUUGAGCAACGACUAUUUUACCAACCGACAGGAUCGCUACUUCGUGAUAAGAGACUGCAAAGAUUUGUGUGAUUUCUAUGAUUCUCUGGUGGAACGUAUCAGCGAGGUCAGCUUUCGAGUAAUCCCCGAACAAAAUGAGCCAAUAAUUGACAAAGGAAAAGUUCAUCCACUUGAGAAUUCGUGCGAAGAAUUUGCCCGAGUGGCAGCGGCUGGUGUUCGAUCUCUUUUUCAAAGCGAGCUUGAUAAACGUAGCAAUGAACACAUUGAACAAGAAAUGCGAGAUUCGGACACGUGGAUAUUUCCGUUGGUGGAAAUGGGCCAAUUUGAUAUUCACCACGACAGCAAAGUAACGCUGAGGCUUUUGCAAAGCGCACCUCCAGGCUCAACGUUAAGACUCGCCACCGGUUAUUUCAAUCUCACUUACGAAUACACGAAUGCCAUACUCCAUUAUUGCCGAGCGACUUGUCACUUACUAACGGCUCAUCCAACGGCCAACGGUUUUUUUGGUGCAAAGGGCGUAGCCGGCGCGAUACCAGCGGCCUACACAACAAUAGAAAAAUCGUUUUACAAAAAAAGCGAAAAAUUGGAUCAGUCCGAUCGAAUAAAUCUUUGGGAAUUCGUGCGACCUGGUUGGACGUAUCAUGCAAAGGGAUUGUGGUACACACUGCCAGGACACACGAAACCUUCCUUGACUCUCAUAGGAUCGUCAAACUUUGGCUAUCGUUCGGUAAAACGUGAUUUGGAAACGCAAGUAGCGAUUGUUACGAAAAACGAAAAAUUACAACAAUCUUUGAAAGCUGAACACGAAAGAUUGUUCGAUAGGUCGAAACUCGUGACGAGAGAAUCUUUCAAGCAGCCCGAAAGAAUAGCACCUGCUUGGGUUUGCGCCGCUGUCAUUUUUUUCCGUUAUUACUUUUGAAAAACUCAAUGUAAAUCUGUAUAUUUGUUAAACUUGCGAAAUGAUCACGUGUCCGCUGGUACGGAAGAGUUCAACAUAUUUACGUACAAUUAAGGUCAAUGGAACAAGUCAAAUACUGAGUUAGAACAGCUGCAUGAGACUUUAGAUUGAUAUAAAAAAAUUACAUGAUAUUUAACGAAACUUGUUACUGAUAUAAAACUUUGUAUCAUAUAGAACGCGAAAUAUUUAUGAAUAAAUCUCUCGUCAUACAAACUCAA